AUGUCUUUUAUUGGGACACAGCAGAAAUGCAAAGCUUGUGGAAAAACAGUUUAUCCGGUGGAACUUUUAUCUGCUGAUGGUGUUGAUUAUCACAAGUCAUGCUUCAGGUGUAGCCAUUGCAAAGGUACCCUUAAGCUUAGCAACUACUCAUCAAUGGAAGGUGUACUAUACUGUAAGCCUCAUUUCGAUCAGCUGUUCAAGGAGAGUGGAAAUUUCAACAAGAACUUCCAAUCGCCUGCAAGGUCUGCUGAGAAUUUAACACCGCAUCUGACGAAAUCACCAAGUAAAGCUGCUGGGAUGUUUUCCGGCACCCAAGAGAAAUGUGCGACUUGUGGCAAAACAGCUUAUCCUCUUGAAAAGGUGACAGUGGAGAACGAAGCGUACCAUAAGUCCUGUUUCAAGUGCUCCCAUGGGGGAUGCUCUUUAUCUCCAUCAAAUUACGCAGCGCUAGAAGGGAUUUUAUACUGCAAACACCAUUUCUCGCAGUUAUUCAAGGAGAAGGGCAGCUACAAUCAUCUUAUUAAGUCCGCCUCCGUCAAACGCUCUGCCGCAGCUACAGCUGCAGCGGCCGUAGCAGCCACCGCUGUUCCUGAAGCUUGAAAGUUGAAAUCUAUGAUCUUACAAAUAGACGGUUGAUUUGUUUUGAUUUUCAUUUUCAAUUGGCAAUCGUUGAUGAUCGAUUUCGGUGGGAAACUCGUUUGAUUAUAUUUACGGAUGAUUGUAUUUUCCAAAGAUGUAUUUUGGGCAUUUCUGGUAGACGCAAUUGUUGGAAAUUCUUGACCCGGACCCGCCUACAAAAUCAUCUAUUAACUUCCCCAUUAAGGGCUGUCUUAUGCCAGUUUUAUAACUGCUCGUGAGCAGUUUGUGGCGGUUUUCGUGACAGUUUCAUAAUGUCACUAAAGGGACUAUAAAGGCAUGUUGAUGUCAUUUGAAAGGAGUCUUUGAUCUUGGAUGAGAGAGAAACUAGAGAGUAAUCGAUUUUGCAUAUACAUGAUUGUCUCACAAAAUGGUG